AUGGAGUUCUUGAGGAAGUACUUUCCUGAAGAUGUUCGUGGCAAGAAGGAAAUCGAGUUCCUUGAGUUGAGACAAGGGAAUAAGUCGGUUGUUGAGUAUGCUGCUAAGUUGGGAGAGUUGGCUAAAUUCUAUCAGCAUUAUGAUGGACCAACUGGUGAAUUUUCGAAGUGCAUCAAGUUUGAGAACAGAUUGCACCCGGAAAUCAAGAAGGCAAUUAGUUACCAGAAGAUUCGUGUCUUUGCUGAUUUGGUUGAUAGUUUUCGGAUCUAUGAGGAGGAUAACAAUGCUCAUUAUCGGGUUAUUAGUGAUAAGCGGGACAAAAGUCAACAAGGCCGUGGUAAGCCUUAUGACGCUUUAGUUGGCAAGGAGGGCCACAUUAGAAGUAAGUGUCAAAAGCCCAAGAAGAAACAAAUUAGUGGAAAGGUGUUUUCCUUGUCGGGAACUCAAACCACUAGUGAGGAUGCACUCAUCAAAGGUACUUGUUUUAUUAAUAGCACUCAUUUAAUUACUAUUAUUAAUGCUGGUGCUACUCAUUGCUUUAUCUCUGCUGAUUGUGUUGAAAGAUUGGGUCUUGUGUUGUCUACUAUGAAUGGAGAGAUGGUCAUUGAUACUCCAGCUAAGGGAUCGGUGACUACUUCUCUCGUAUGUUUAAAGUGUCCCGUGUCGAUUUUCAACAAAGACUUUGUUGUUGAUUUUGUUUGCUUGCUGUUGAGAGGGUUGGAUGUGAUCUUGGGUAUGAACUGGUUAGAGUAUAACCAUGUUCAUAUUAAUUGUUAUGAUAAGUCUGUGAGGUUCUCUACUCCUGAAGAAGAAGGUGUUAAGUUGUUGUCUGCUAGACAAUUGCGCCUAUUGAUGAAAGAAGAAGUGCAAGUGUUUGCGUUGGUGGCAUCGAUGUCUAUUGAGAAUCAAGCUAUAAUAGACGAGUUAAAGAUGGGUUUAGGAGGUGUGCUUCUGCAGAAUGAUAAAUUUGUUGCUUAUGCGUCGAGACAGUUAAGAGUUCAUGAGAAGAACCAUCCUACGCAUAAUUUGGAACUUGCUCCUGUUGUGUUUGUAUUGAAGAUUUAG